CUGGCGGGAAGAUCAAAUUGAAUGGGGCUCGGCAAGUAUGCAUUGCCUUGAUUUCCUUGAUAAUUGAAUACUUGGAGAAUAAUCAAUGACAUUGGGUUUAAUAAGUGUUUGGCUUGUACUUAUUUUUUGCCAUUUUGUUGCCGCGGAUGAGUCGAACUUGGGUCACUUAAGAGAACUUGGCGAUGAUCGAGGCAAAAAGUGUCGCGGACAUCCUCUAGGGAUGGAAAACUUUGACAUCUCAGAUGACCAGAUUACAGCAUCAAGUGAACGCGACUCGGAAUCUAUUGCCGCAAAUGCCAGGCCACACCUUGGGCUAGCAUGGGUGGCCGCCGUGGCUGAUUCGGAACAGUACCUGCAGAUAGACCUCAGUGAAAUUACAAUUGUCACAGGUAUUGCUACCUACGGGCAUCCACAUGAAAAUCGUAGAGUCACCCAAUAUAUUUUGCUAUCUGGAUUUUCUGAAGAUCAUCUCAAAUUUUAUGGCGGAAUUGAGGAGAAACUUUUGGCCAACUUAUUUGAUAGUAAAAGACAUUUCCAACCCUUAGUCCAUGUCCGGACAAGACUUGUGCGGGUGUGCCCUGUCAGUUGGCUUGGCGGUAUUGCUAUGUGCAUAGAGCUGUUUGGUUGCUAUUCAGAAUGCAUGUUUCCUCUUGGUGUGUCCAGCCCGAAAAUGCCUAACAAGAACAUUCAAGCUUCUUCAUUUGAGAGCCACUUCUCCAGGCCAGAGUAUGGCCGGCUGCAUACAGAGUCGGGGUUAGGAGCAUGGUGUGCAGGUGUGCAGGAUACAAGGCAGUACUUGCAGAUAGAUUUAAACAGGGUGAUGGUUGUCAUGGGUGUAGGAAUACAGGGCCGGAGUCAGGCAGAGAACUGGGUGACAGCCUUCCGUGUUAGCUUUAGCCAGGAUUGGAAGCUAUGGAGAUAUCAUAUUAAAGAUGGAGAGAGGGUGCUUUUCAGAGGAAACUCGGAUGGCGUCACCGUGUCAUUUCAAUAUUUCCAUGAGGGAUUUCUUGCUCGUGGGGUACGCAUCCACCCCGCCUACUGGAAAAACCGGAUAUGCAUGAGAGUGGAGCUCUUUGGCUGCGAAAGAAGGUUCGAAGAGACCGACCUGAGUCGAGUGUGUCUGAAUGAUGAAGGGGUUGAGGCCUGCCUGUGCCGAGAGGGGUUCCACGGUGCCUCUUGUGUAGAUAUCGACGAGUGCGAGAUCGCGGGACCUAUCAUCUGCCCUGAAAAUACAAACUGCGUCAACACACACGGCUCAUACGAGUGUACGUGCUUGGGUCCAUUCUCUCCUUGGUUCGGCGAUAAGUGUAGAGAUAGAAACGAGUGCGCCUAUAAGAACUGCGGCGUUGGCGCGACGUGCCUGAAUGCCCUUGGAUCGUACACAUGCCAGUGUGAACCGGGCUUUAGACUGGAUCGCACCUUGGGCUUAUCUGGAGUGUGUGUAGAUAUGGACGAGUGCCUGGUUCCCGGUAGCUGCCCGGAGCAUUCUGUGUGCACUAAUCAUGUCAAAGUGUUCACGUGCGAGUGCGAGAGCGGAUACCUUAUGGACGACUUGAAAGCCCACUGCAUUGAUGUGGAUGAGUGUGCGCUUGGGGCCACAUGUCCAAGCGGCACAAACUGUGUGAAUACUCAAGGCUCGUUUUAUUGUGACUGUGGACACGGCUACCAUGCCGUGAACGGAACUUGUCAAGACUUGGAUGAGUGCGCGACUGGUGUUUAUCAGUGCGACCAACACGCCUUUUGCUUCAAUACCAUCGGCAGCUACAUGUGUCUGUGUAAACCGGGCUUUAUCAAUAACGAAAAUGCCUGCUUAGACAGGAAUGAAUGCUUGGAGGGGGAGAAUGAUUGUGACGAGAAUGCGUACUGUGAUAACACGUCUGGCUCUUACGAGUGCUACUGUAAGGAGGGCUAUGUUGGCGAUGGCAGUAUUGGGAACUGUGUACGGAAGUAGCAAAGAAAGCGUAAACCGUAAAGACGUCUCUCUAAAAAGUGUAGUGACCUGUUCCGAAAGUAUAGGUUUGUAGUUAAUAAAUGCCGGCAUAACUCGUUUUCUAUGAAGUGCCCAUAUAGCCUUUAUUGUUCAGUAAUCCUGGAAGAGGUUCUACAUAUGACAUUCAGUAGGACGAAUAGAGAGAAGGAGACCUGUUUGGAUAAACCUUAAGAAUCUGUUAGGAUGAACCUAAAGGACCUGUUUGGAUGAACCUGCUUUGCUCGAACAUCGUCUGCGAAAGUCUUUGAACCUGCUUUCGUCAGAAUAUUCAAGUCUCAACCUCUUUCGCUGAGAUUUGAGCGGAUUUGGUUGGGCAUGGGCAUCAAGGCUAUCGACGAACAAACGAGAACGACGAAUGUUGAAAUCCGUAUAAAAAAUGUAUUUUCGCUCGCUGCAUUCUCCCCCCGCUGUGUUCAUUUGGUGCGCAUGAUCACGUCCUUCGUCUGCGAAAGUCUUUGAACCUGCUUUCGUCAGAAUAUUCAAGUCUCAACCUCUUUCGCUAAGAUUUGAGCGGAUUUGGUUGGGCACGGGCAUCAAGGCUAUCGACGAACAAACGAGAACGACGAAUGUUGAAAUCCGUAUGAAAAAUGUAUUUUCGCUCGCCGCAUUCUCCCCCCGCUGUGUUCCUUUGGUGCGCAUGAUCACGUCCUGGGGACUUUAAUCUCUUGCCACUGUCGGCAUCCAUGGUUCCAAUGACUUCACUCC